ACUGAUAGAGGAGCUGGUGCCAAAAGCCUCCACUUCUACGCAUCAGUUGUUUGUGUGGUGGUGUCAAUGCUUAGUUUACCUUGGAUUGGGAUUUUAGAUAGAAAUUUAUGACCAGCGACUUUAUAACGUUAAUCAGUUUUGAAAGUAUAUCUAAAGUGAAGCAUACCCCAGCGGAGUGUGGGUGUGAGUGUGGAGCCAGAAAAGUUUCCGUCAUGGGAGCACAUAGAUGGAGAUCAGCGCGUCUUCGGUUUGUCGUCUGUGGAUAUUUAGCGUUUUUCUUCGGGGAACUUCUUCCACGGGCUGAGGCGGGCUGCAGGGAGAGGGAGAGCCCAAACUGCUGUACCGGCCGGAACAACGAAUGUUUUGAGUACAGCAAGAGAAAAACAGUGUGCUACUGUGAUACCUACUGUCAGAAAACCGGGGACUGCUGCGAGGACUAUCAGCGCGUGUGCCAAAUAUCUGCAGCCAUUGACUGUGUGGUGGGAUCUUGGGGUCCGUGGUCAUCAUGCACAGCUCCGUGUGGAGUAGGCAGCACAGAGAGGAGUCGCCUAGUGUCUGUUCCCCCGAGAAACGGAGGCACGCCCUGUCCUGAUCUGAAACAGCGUAGAGGAUGCUUUGGAAACAAUGCCAUUUGCAGCACUGCAAAAGAGGUGGCAAAGAUCCUGCCUGAUUCUUUUAAGAGGAACUUCAAGGACCCUUGGAGACGACCACACAUGCUGAUGAAGGAGGAGAAGGCCAGUUACUGUGUGUACCUGCGGGUGAAGCAGGCCAGUGUGGCGUGUAAACUCAAACUAUGGAGCGCUCAGCUGGUGAGAGAGAGGUUGAUGUGUGCCGAGUGUCAGAGUGAUGCUAUGUCAAAGUCAAACCGCUGCGGAGGCGACGGCUUAGAAAGCACCAGAACGUUCUGGGCAGCGGCUUCAGUCCCGGGCUGUCAUGGUUCCUGGGUGCGGGAGUCGUCUUCUGAGGGCUGCCGGUGUCCUCCCUACUCUGUGCUCUUCGUGUGAGCCCACAUGUAGUCACCAUAUAACCGUAUGCAGGGACCAAAAUUCCCUCCGCAGCCCUGCCUGGCAAGGCAAGACCGCUCCGAUCCAGAUUACUGGAUGGGUAACUCAAGGAGAUCAGCAGCAUCCUGCCACUUUUUCCUUUCACCUAAUACUCUGUACUGUAUACGCGUACUCUGUACUCUAUACACAUACUCUGUACUGUAUACGCGUACUCUGUACUGCAUUUACCAAGCACGCAUUCUUACGUUCUUACUUAAGAUAUUACAGCCACAUUGUUUCCUUCAAAUCACAAAAUCUAUAUGCCUUUUUACCUCUCGAUCUUUGCUAUCUACCUCCAUCAAUGCAAGUGCAUUUGUUAAUGCAUAAUGUAUAAAUAUAUAAAUAUAUUAUUUUGCUUUAUACAUUUUCUACUUUUGAUUGUAUAUGUGUUAUGUAUAUGCGUCUUUAUAGCUACACUUAUUAGAAUCAAACAGUUAAAACACUAAACAGCAGUUGCUGCACCCAGUUUAAGCCCCAGCCAGGGUCCCUAAAUCACCUGCAGGCUGAAAAUGUGUAAAACUGGCUCAUCCAAAUUGUAUCCAAUGCUAGAAUCCUUAAGUCAAUAUAUCUGUGUCUUACAGUUUUGUCCCUCUUAUUAUUUCCUUUAAACAAAAACAUUUACUCCAGCAAGCCAGUUGAAUAUCAGGUUUUGAUUCUCAGGUGCUGAGAUUUAUGUCUUUGUCUCCCAUUAAGCCACCUUUCUCCUACCCGCCGCCAUCUGAUGGUCAGAUGUGUUGGUAGUUUUAAAGAUCUUUUUAGUUUUAGUUUUAAAAACUCAUGGCGGAAACCAGUUCCAUCUGUUUAUACCUAAUAUUGUUGGAGAGGAAAAAGAGCCAUUUAAGAUAAUUUCACUGUGGUUCUCUCUGCCCUCUGUGUCUAAGACAGAAACAAAUAGCUUCUGAACUCUGUUUUCUCUCGCUCCUUGCCCUGCUCAGUAAUCUUACAUCACAAGGGAGUUUUUUUAAUUAUCAACGUGUCAUCCGAUAUAACUACAGUAUCGCAUAUAGCCAUGUUACUCCCAUUUUAUUCAUUAGCAGAAUCUUCUCUCUGCACUGCUUUUUCUUCUCUGCCCUUAAAUGACCUUAUUUAAAAAAAGGGGUCAGUCAGCUGGCUCAGUACACCUUCUGUAUCACUUCUGCUUUCAGAAGAGAAUAUAUUUAUCCCACUAAAAGGUUUUUGUCUCUGGAAAGCUGUCUCUUUCUCUCUUUCCCCAAUGCCUGUGUCUGUGUUUGUGUGUUUAUUUAUUAUAAAACAAGUGAUGAUGUUAUAGUGCAGCACAACAUACUCUGUACACUGUCCAUUAGUGAAAAUAAACUACUAUACCUUAA